AUGGUUAGAGAUGUUUUUAACGAAUCUCAACUUUCUGGACUUAUUGGUAGUCUUGGUAUUGGUCAUGUACGUUACCCUACUGCUGGAUCAUCUUCUAUCACCGAAGCUCAACCUUUCUAUGUCAAUUCACCUUAUGGUAUUGUGUUUGCCCAUAAUGGUAACCUUACUAAUGCUGACGAGCUCCGUGUGUUUUUGGAUAAGAUUGCUCAUCGUCAUAUCAAUACUGACUCUGACUCUGAACUUUUGUUGAAUGUGCUGGCCAACAAUCUUCAAAAGACUGGUAAAUUCCGUGUAAAUCAAGAAGAUAUUUUCACUGCCAUCAAAGAUCUCUAUCGUCAAAUCCGUGGUGGUUAUGCUUGUGUUGCUAUGAUUGCUGGUUAUGGUAUCAUUGGUUUCCGUGAUCCUCAUGGUAUUCGUCCUCUUGUUCUUGGUCGUCGAAAGACAGUAGCUGGUUAUGAUUAUAUGCUUGCUUCUGAAAGUGUGGUUUUAGAUUCUCUUGGUUUUACUGAUGUGGAAGAUGUCAAGCCUGGAGAAGCCAUCAUUAUCACUCAAGAUUCAUUAUUACGUCGUGUCCUUGCUGUUAGUGAUCGUAUUGCUCCUUGUAUCUUUGAAUACGUUUACUUUGCUCGUCAAGAUAGUAUCAUGGAUGGUAUCUCUGUUUAUAAGGCUCGUUUAAGUAUGGGUGAAGCUUUAGCUGAUCAAGUUGUGAAAUCUCUUGGGGAUAACAUGGAUAUUGAUGUUGUCAUUCCUGUUCCUGAUACAAGUCGUGUUGCUGCUAUUCAACUUUCUCGUAAACUCAACAUUCCUUACCGUGAAGGUUUCAACAAGAACAGAUAUGUUGGUAGAACCUUUAUUAUGCCUGGUCAACAAACGAGACGCAAAAAUGUUCGCCGAAAAUUGAACGCCAUGGCUCUUGAAUUCAGUGGAAAGAAUGUAUUACUCGUGGAUGAUUCUAUUGUUCGUGGUACAACUUCAAAGGAAAUUAUCCAAAUGGCUCGUGAAGCUGGUGCUAAAAAGGUAUACUUUGCCUCUUGUGCUCCUGCCAUUCGAUACCCCAAUGUUUAUGGUAUUGAUAUGCCUACCCGUACUGAAUUAGUGGCUCAUGGAAGAAAUGAUCAAGAAGUGGCUGAAGAAAUUGGUGCUGACAAGGUGAUCUAUCAAGAUUUGCAUGAUCUUGUGGAAUCCGUCCGAAAAUUCAAUCCUGCUAUUGAAAAGUUUGAUACUUCUGUAUUUGACAAAUGCUAUGUUACUGGUGAUGUGGAUGAAGAAUAUAUGGCUUCUUUGGAAAAUGGUGGUGGCCGAUCUAGUGAAAGUGGUCGCUUAAGUAUUGAUAGUGAUUGUGUUGGUCUUUACAAUAGUUUUACUCGAUAG